AUGUCUCAACCAAAUGAUGACCCGAUCGCAAUAUUAUCUCCUUUCAAGAAAACGGCGUCAACAAAUUGGUUCGAGAAUGCCGAAGUGCAAUAUCAAUUGCGGAACGUGGUAUUAAAAAAAAAACAAGAUUCUAUCACCAGCAGCAGCAAGAUCAUUACAAGGAGAAAAACAGAACAUAGUUCAUCGUCCUCACACUCAUCUCAUUCUAGAAAUCGCUUGAAGCUGGACAAAACUUUGCAUGAGAGGUCAGAACAAGUUCGAACCAACAACCAAAGUGUCAACUACGUUAUCAGCAACAACGUCAUCACCAACAACAUCAUCACUAAAAACAUCAUCGACAUCUUAAAAAACAAGUUAAAUGUCAGCUACAGCAGAACCAUCAACUACAUUAUAAGCGACAAAAACAACAUCAUCACGAGAGACAAAAUCAACGCCAGCCAUAUUGGUACCAACAACCAUAUCUUCCAAGAAGAGUGGAGAAAUCAAAGUCAACACAAUAAACAAACAUUUUUCCAUUUGAAUGGGAGAGUAUUGUAA